AUGUCAGACAACAUGAAUAAUGUAUCUUCGACCGAACAGGAUCAGUUGAACAGGGGCGGGAAAGGUAAAGCACCGAUAGUCUACAGUUUGCCGGUAAUAUCUAGGGUGUGGAGUUUGGCAGAUACGACCAUCAUCAUCGAUGAUGACAGUGAAAGUGAAGAAAAUGAAGAGUCUCAAGAAACGGACUUGAAGGAAAAUGAAAUCGUUGAGCCAAAACUCAUGGCACUCGAGGCCACAGAAGAUAACUAUGAAAGUGAAGAAAAUGAAGAGUCUCAAGAAACGGACUUGAAGGAAAAUGAAAUCGUUGAGCCAAAACUCAUGGCACUCGAGGCCACAGAAGAUAACUAUGAAAGUGAAGAAAAUGAAGAGUCUCAAGAAACGGACUUGAAGGAAAAUGAAAUCGUUGAGCCAAAACUCAUUGCACUCGAGGCCACAGAAGAUAACUAUGAAAGUGAAGAAAAUGAAGAGUCUCAAGAAACGGACUUGAAGGAAAAUGAAAUCGUUGAGCCAAAACUCAUGGCACUCGAGGCCACAGAAGAUAACUAUGAAAGUGAAGAAAAUGAAGAGUCUCAAGAAACGGAUUUGAAGGAAAAUGAAAUCGUUGAGCCAAAACUCAUGGCACUCGAGGCCACAGAAGAUAACAAUGAAAGUGAAGAAAAUCAAGAGUCUCAAGAAACAGACUUGAAGGAAAAUGCAAUCGUUGAGCCACAAGUCGUGGAUCUCGAGGAAAUAGACUUGAAAGAAAAUCCAAUCGUUGAGCCACAACCUAUGGCCAUCGAAGAUUCAGACUUGAAGGAAAAUCAAAUCGUUGAGCCACAACCUAUGGCCAUCGAAGAUUCAGACUUGAAGGUAAAUCAAAUCGUUGAGCCUCAACCCAUGGCCAUCGAAGAUUCAGACUUGAAGGAAAAUCAAAUCGUUGAGCCACAACCUAUGGUAAUCGAAGAUUCAGACUUGAAAGAAAAUCCAAUCGUUGAGCCACAACCCAUGGCCACCGAAGAAUCAGACUUGAAAGAAAAUCCAAUCGUUGAGCCACAACCCAUGGCCACCGAAGAAUCAGACUUAAAGGAAAAUCCAAUCGUUGAUCCACAACCCAUGGCCACCGAAGAAUCAGACUUAAAGGAAAAUCCAAUCGUUGAGCCACAACCCAUGGCCACCGAAGAAUCAGACUUAAAGGAAAAUCCAAUCGUUGAUCCACAACCCAUGGCCACCGAAGAAUCAGACUUAAAGGAAAAUCCAAUCGUUGAGCCACAACCCAUGUCCACCGAAGAAUCAGACUUAAAGGAAAAUCCAAUCGUUGAGCCACAACCUCCUAUGUCUCUCGAAGAAAAAGAAGAAUGA